AUGUCCGCGAUCCAGAAGAAUGUCGAAUCAGCCUCCGAGGCAUACUCCUCCUUGUUCACGCAGGGGCACCUCGCGCUUCCACCAGCCAAGAAAUAUCUUGUGUUGACUUGCAUGGAUGCUCGAAUCGAUCCGGCGCAAGCAUUCGGUAUUGACCUUGGAGAUGCUCAUGUGAUUCGGAAUGCAGGAGCGUCCGCGCACGAUGCAUUGCGGAGUAUCAUCAUAUCCGAGCAGCUUCUGGGCACUCGAGAGAUUGUCCUUGUCAAGCACACUGGAUGCGGGAUGCUGACAUUCACGAAUGAAGAUGCCUAUGGGUUGGUUGAGAAGAACCUGGGAUCUGAUGCCUUGGCCGAGCUCAAAUCCCGCCAGCCGGACUUUCUUCCCUUCUCAGACCUGGAAGGGGCGGUAAAGAAGGACGUGCAGUAUCUCAGCGACAGCAAACUGGUGCCAAACGACAUUACCAUCAGCGGUUGGAUUUAUCAGGUAGAGACCGGCAAGACUGUUAGAGUUGCCUGA